GUAACGGCCACCGUUAGCAGCGAAUGCGGCGCCGCGCUCUGACCGCUCAGACUGCUGUGAGAAGUCACGGUGGACCCGACAACAAGCUGCUCGUUUCAGGCGUGGACUGGCCAGCGGGACAUGAAAUUCGUCAUGGGCGAAAAGGUCAUGGGCACGUUUGAUUUGUGAGGGACCUUUGGACCAUUGUGAAUACUUCUGGAUCCUUCUCUUGGUUAAUAGCAACAUCAUCGGAUCAUCUUGCUCUGCAUGGCACUCUUUUUGCCGCCUCUGAGCCUCUAAAGGGGAAGAAAGCAUCACACAGGAAUCGGACUCCUCCCCACUACGCACUCUACAGUCAGACUCCACAUCACCUCAUCUUCACCUCCCUGAGAGGGAGAGAACAGCAGCCAAUAUGGUGCUGUCGCAGAGACAAAGAGAUGAACUAAAUCGGGCUAUAGCUGACUAUCUCCGUUCUAAUGGAUAUGAGGAGGCCUAUUCAACCUUCAAGAAAGAAGCAGAAAUAGAUAUGAAUGAAGAGGUAGAUAAGAAGUAUGCAGGGCUUUUGGAAAAAAAAUGGACCUCUGUUAUCAGAUUACAGAAGAAGGUGAUGGAGUUGGAGUCGAAGCUAAACGAAGCAAAGGAAGAGAUGACACAUGGAGGAUCUGUGGGACAGAAGAGAGAUCCUAAGGAGUGGAUUCCCCGGCCCCCAGAGAGAUACGCCUUGAGUGGGCACCGUGCUCCUGUCACACGGGUCAUAUUCCACCCCGUGUUUUCUGUUAUGGUCACAGCUUCUGAGGAUGCUACCAUCAAGGUGUGGGACUACGAGGCUGGGGACUUUGAGCGGACCCUGAAGGGUCACACAGACUCUGUUCAGGACAUCUCCUUCGAUCAGACAGGAAAGCUGUUGGCUUCAUGUUCAGCUGACAUGAGCAUCAAACUAUGGGACUUCCAGGGUUUUGAGUGCAUCCGAACAAUGCAUGGCCAUGAUCACAACGUGUCCUCCGUGGCCAUCAUGCCAAACGGUGAUCACAUAGUGUCUGCUUCCAGAGACAAGACUAUCAAGGUGUGGGAAGUGGCCACUGGGUACUGCGUAAAGACAUUUACAGGCCACAGGGAGUGGGUGAGAAUGGUUCGUCCCAAUCAGGACGGCUCAUUGAUCGCCAGCUGCUCCAAUGAUCAGACCGUGCGUGUCUGGGUGGUGAGCUCUAAGGAGUGCAAAGCUGAGCUGCGGGAACAUGAACAUGUGGUAGAGUGUAUCGCCUGGGCCCCGGAUAGUGCUCACCCCACCGUGCUGGAAGCUACAGGCUCAGAGAGUAAGAAGAGUGGGAAACCUGGCCCCUUCCUCCUCUCUGGUUCCAGAGAUAAAACGAUUAAGAUGUGGGACGUCAGCACUGGGAUGUGCCUUAUGACUCUGGUGGGCCAUGACAACUGGGUGCGUGGAUUAUUGUUUCACCCUGGAGGACGAUUCAUACUGAGCUGCGCCGAUGACAAAACUAUUAGGAUCUGGGACUACAAGAACAAACGCUGCAUGAAGACCUUGAGUGCCCACGAACACUUCGUUACCUCUCUGGAUUUCCACAAGACUGCUCCCUACGUCAUCACCGGCAGUGUUGAUCAGACAGUCAAAGUCUGGGAGUGCCGCUGAACCUGCCACCAUGUUCCCGCCCUGCUCCUCCAACCCUCCAUCUCCUCCUUCCCAAACUCCAAAACUAAAAUCAAAAAAAGGCUAAAAAAUCUUUAAUGCCCCCUCCUCCCCCUCCGCUGCACCUUACUUCCUCUCCCCCCGCGGCCAGUCAAGCCCCUCACUUGCACUCCAAACCAUAGUCGACCAAGGCGCUUGUCCUUCCCCUCUGUCCUUGCUCCCCUGCUCCUCUACAUUGCUCCAGCCCUAUUAAGAUGACUAUUGUCCUUUUGUGUAAAUUAUUCUGGAUGUAGGGUACGCUUAAUAAAUGUCACGCAAUCUCUGACACAAACACAUUCAAAACAAUAAGUAUUCUUGCAUGGUGACUCCAAGAAAAAAAAAGAUUGAAAAAAAAAAUACAAUACUGUUAGAUUUACAAAUUUGCAUACUGUUGUCAUGACUUCCUGUCAGGUCCAAGGGUAAAUAUGUUUGUGUGCUGGCGCAGGUGGGUUUUGUUAACUGACAGUUCACAAGAACCGAUAGCAGCCCCCGCUGAAGGGGUUUAGGUUUGGUUUCACUUCACGCCUCCAUUACUGUGGUCUGUCACUGUGUAGUUGGUGAUGGAGACGCUGGGAAGGGGGGAAAAGAGAAGAGAGUUGUCCAGGAGAAUAGAAGAAGAUGAAAAGUGUAAACAGAAUGCAGCUUCUCAUAAAUCAUCUGAGGUUUUGUGGGAGAGUGCACAUGUACGUGUGUGUGUGUGUGUUUGUACGUUACGACAGGAGAAUCUCUGCACCGCCUCUGCUCUGACGGUCAGACGACGACGAGGAGGCAAAGUUUCUCGCCUACUGUUUUUUGUUUUUAUUUCUCUCAUGCUUCUUCAUCUCUUUUAACAAACUCGCUUUCUAGUAGACACUCACUGGACCUUAAUAAUCCAUAAGCUGCUGAGAGCACAGGCACAAGCCCCCAAACAAACAAACAAACGAAAAAAAACAAGAAAAAAGUGUGUUUUCCAGAGGAAAAAGUCGGCUCACCUUGACGAGGUCUGUGUACGUGUAUAUCACCCCGGAGAGUUGCCCAGUGCCCUCUUGCUCACUAUCUCUGCCUUGUUAACCCAUAGAGGGCUCCCUCAGGGGAUUUCAUCCAGCUUUCUGUGGUCUCAGCUCUCUUUCCACACACUCACAAAUGCACAUACACGCACAGUAAAGGUUGUGUAUCAAUAUAUCUAGAUGUCAUUGUUUGCAACAUAAUGAAAUAAAAUUCUGUAAAUAUAA